AUGGAGCAUUUCGAGUCGCAAACCACCACCCAGACUCACGAAGAGGUUGAUAUCAAGCUUCCCGGCAAGCAGCAACCAGCCGGACGGCCAGAUCAAUACUCUUCUUACUCUGCCCACGUCGAUCUCCCUCCGCGUGGAGACCACCGCGAGCACCGCUACAGCGAAGAAGAGGUCCGUUUUACUGAAGAGCGUCACCGCCGUCCCGGUUUCCAGCAGGAGCAAUUUGUGAAGGAAGACUUCCGUCCAGGACGUACUGAGCACUUCGACACUCGUGUUGAGAUUGACACUCACCGCCACCCUUACUCCUCCCCCAUUGAUAUCGCUGAGCGUGAAUACCGUGAACGUUUCCGCCCUGCCUAUCACACCACCGUAGACGCCCCUUCCCGCCCUCAGUACCAGACCGAGGACGUCCGCUUCAACGAGUACACCGUUGAGCAACGACCUGUUCAGACUUCUGUCCACGAGGAAGUCAAGUUCACCGACGAGACUGUUGAACCUGCUCGCUUCAGCCGCGACCAACACAAGAACAACAUGGGUUACUACGACGAGGACGGUCACUACCACUCCUUCCGCCAGGGCAUCCACAAGCUUGCCGACAAGAUUGUGCACCCUCACCACCACCACCAUGACCACGUCGACGUGGACAUCAAGGAGGAUAUCCGUGUGACUGAGACUCGCCCUCGCCGUGUCACGGGUGGCUCUUUUGUCCCCGAGACCGUCACCAUCCCCUGCCACCACAUUCGCCUUGGAGACUUUGUGAUCCUGCAGGGCCGAGCUUGCCAGGUCAUCCGCAUCUCGACCUCCAGUGCCACUGGCCAGUACCGCUACCUUGGUGUCGACCUGUUCACCAAGCAGCUGCACGAGGAGUCUUCCUUCGUCUCCAACCCUGCCCCCAGCGUCGUCGUCCAGACUAUGCUCGGCCCCGUCUUCAAGCAGUACCGCGUCCUGGACAUGCAGGGUGGCCACAUUGUUGCCAUGACCGAGACUGGUGACGUCAAGCAGAGCCUGCCCGUCAUUGACCAGUCCAACCUGUGGGCUCGCCUGUCGAGCGCUUUCGAGUCUGGCCGUGGCAGUGUCCGCGUCCUUGUCUUGAACGACGGCGGUCGCGAGCUUGCCGUCGACAUGAAGGUCAUUCACGGCUCUCGUCUGUAA